AUGUGGUGUCCCUUAUACUCUCACACACAGUACCUGAUAUUACCCCGAACUGGGUCAGGGACAGAGGCUGGGGAGACGACGCCUGGCACCUGGCCAUACUUUCAAUUAAUGCACAAGGCGUUGAAGGACAAGGACUCAGUGAAACCACUGAACCUGAUCUCUACCGCAGGGGAUGUAGCAAGGAAUCCUGAGCAACAGCCUGAUGAGGAGACUCCCCAUACCUCAUCAGGCUGUUGCUCAAGAUUCCCUGCUACAUUUGAUCCCCCACCAACCACAGCCCCAGGAACAUCGAGCACCCCAACACCUGGAUCCUCCAAAAGAAAAAGAAAUGAGGUUCUAGAAUACAUCCAGGAUUAUACAGAAAGGCAGGACAAGAGGCAGAGGGAGCUGGAUAAAAAGGAAGAGGAGAGAGAAGACCGUAAGGAGAAGCAGCUCGAUCAACUUAUUGGAAUUUUGGCCAAAUUGGCUGAGAAUUCAAAGUAG